AUGCGGAUGAGGCUUUGGAAAGAAUUACUCAGCUCUCUGCUGGACAGUGUAGCUAUUGCUGAUUUGGAAGCUGAAUUGCGAAAAGAACGAGAACUUUCCAAUGUUUAUAAGGAGUCUUUGGAAAAAGCCGAACAUGUCGCUGCCGAGUUGAGCGAACAAUAUAAGUCUAGGGAGCACUUAUUUGAAGAAACAAAACAAGUACUUGCUUCUGUGCAAGAAGACAUUGAAGAGGAGAAGAGGUUGCGGAACGUUGAAGUAGCCAUGAAAGAUGAACAGAUCAGUGAGCUUAGAGAAGAACUCCACAAAGCGAAUGAACUUUUGAAAUCGAAACACGCUGUACAUUUGAACGUUAGUGAAGAAGAACUAGCUAUACUUUCUCCAGCAGCUGUUGAAACAGCCCGACUUCUGCGAGGAGGACAGUCUCUUACGAGUAUUGUUCGUGAGCACGCAAGGUUAACGGGUGAACUGGCGGAAGCCCGUGAGCGCAACAAACAGCUUGAAAUGAGUCUUCGUGAAAUGGUAGAGGAAAUAGAAGAUCGUGCUCCGCAACUAUUUCAUCAGAAGGAUUUAUUGGAUAAAACUUUCGAUCAUAACAAUCGUCUGCAAGAACAACUGAAGGAGGCUGAUGAAGCUAGACGUCGUCUCGAAAGUGCCCGAGAUUCAACCACUCGUGAAUUGGCGUUUACACGCGCUGAACUUGAAAAGUAUCAAAGAGACUACGCUAAUGCGUCCAAACAGGUUCAACAUUUGCUGUUUGUGUUGGAACGAGAGCGAAGAGGUGACAAUGAUGACAUUAGUGAUAAUGAUGAGGAUAACGCUCGUUUGUUCGACAAUAUAGCACAACUACAGAAGAUCAAUCGGCGGCUAGAGUCAGAAUUGGAAGCAGCCAGGAGUUCUGCCGAGCAAUUGGUUCUAACGUCGAAGAAUGCAGAAAUAGAGGGCCUGAAACGGGAGUUGGAAGCAUCACACAAAACAGAGUCCAGUUUGAAGGGAGAGCUGGAGCAGAUGCGUACCACAUUUGAACUUCUUCAAUCGCAGACAGAACAGCUGAAAAAGCUUGCAGAAGACAAUGUUAGCGUUGUUGAGGCUAGGACCGCAAAAAUAAAGGCAGAAGAAGCUGCUGCCAAGGCUCAAGCCAGUGAGGUGAAAGUAGCUCGCCUAGAAGAGUAUAUUCGUGCUAUCAAAGAAGAGAAGGAAAUAUCUGAAAGGCAAGUAGUGAGAAACACCCUGCCAUGGGUCCACUCUGAUCGUGUUGCUAGAAGUGAACAGAUAGUAUCAGAAGUGAAGAUGACGAAUGCUCGUCUGGAAGCCUCAUUCGAAAUGCAGAAGCAAACAACGGCAGUCGUUGAGAAGGAACUGGAAGCGUGCCUUCGGAAAAAGAAACGGCGAUCAAAAUUCGUGAAAAGAAAGACGAUCGCUUUACGAGCAGGAUCGAACUUCGUGCGGUCACUGAAGGAGCUGCAACAUGCUCGCUUGACCAUUAAUCGAUUGGAGACCGAAGCUGAGGCUCGCAAGAGAACUUCAUUUAGCGAAAACAGCAAAUGGUUGUACGUCUCGAACGCGACAGCCUCAAAACAUCUAACGCUCGUCUCACCUGAUCAGCUGUCAAAUUCCAGAAAUGAUGCGAAGCAGGCCCAGGCCCGAUAUGAGGAGGAAAUCUCUCUGCUGCGGCAACAGCUUGCAGAGAAGGAGAAAGAAUUGGCGUUAUGUGAGAGACAACUCAUCGAUUUGCGAGCACGUCUGAGCAAUAUACAAGCACAGUACACUGCUCAAGAAAGUACAGUAGGAAUGACGCCUGAGCGUCUACAGAAAGAGUGUCAGCAGUUGAAGAACCGCUCGCAGUAUCUUGAAUGUCAGCUGGAUGAGCUAAAAUCUAAACUAGCUGAGGCAGAAAGCACUGCUAUCAAAAAGAGCAACGAAAACGAUAGGAUGGAAUCUCAUAGUAAAGUCAUGGAAACGAAUUUGAAACAGAUGGCCGAGUUGGGGUCAAUGGAGAGGGAACGUCUCGAAGCCAGGGCGGCGAGCGCAGAAGCCCGUUCCGAUGAACUCACAAGCAGAGUAGCGGAAUUGUCAAACAAAAUUGUUCAGUUGGAAAAUGAAAUGUCUGACAUAAAAAUGGAUCAGCUGCAG